CAUACAUGUGAGGAUCGCGAGCCCAAAGUUUCAAUAAAAGUACGAUUCAGUUACUGUGCGAACUUGACUUGAGAGUGAUACUGUUCCAGAUUUUCUUAGUUGUUAUUUUUUUGCUGUUGGAUUACUUACGUCUUUACGGUUGUGCAUACAAUAUUUGGUUGUUGUUGUUGGUUUUUGUCGUAAAAGAAAGUUCCUAUAAGAGGAGAACAGUUUUUAGUUUUUCAGAGAAUUUUAAAACACACAACAAGAGUGGUUGGUGAUUUAAUUUUUAAUAGAAGAAAAUAAUUUCGAAAUUCAUUAUACUACGUUAGAGCUACCUUCGAUAGGAUAACAGAAAACGGCUACGAUAAUGUCGACACUCACUGCAUUCAACAAUACUAUUGAACAACAAGAGCAACACCUCCGAUCGUUAACAAAAACAUUCACUGGAAUCGACAAGCCAUUAAAACACUUCAAAUCAGUGGAAACAUUAUCAGAAUUGAUCGCCGAAUUGCAUAAUGUAUUCGAUUCGGACCGGGUCAACAUCGAAUAUGUCAAUCACUUGCUGUUGAGCUACAAAUCGAAUCCAUCGGAAUGGAAAAAAUUUGCCAAAUUCGAUAGAUUCAGGUACACAAGAAACUUAGUCGAUGCCGGGAAUGGAAAAUUCAAUCUGAUGAUAUUGUGUUGGGGUGAAGGCCACGGCUCAGCUAUUCAUGAUCAUGCCGAUGCCCAUUGUUUCAUGAAAAUGCUGAGAGGAGAAUUGCAAGAAGUUCGAUAUGCAUGGCCCAGUAAUGGCACCGAUACCGAAGAGAAACAGAUCGGUGAUAUUGGAAUGAACGACGAACAAUUGAUGGAAUAUGAUGGCGAAGAGUUGCAAGAAAUAUCGAGGACUACACUGGAAACGGAUGGUGUAUGCUAUAUAAAUGAUACACUUGGACUUCAUCGGGUUGAAAAUCCUAGCCACAGUGACAGUGCCGUUUCGUUGCAUUUAUAUUGUCCGCCGUUCGAUUCUUGUUCCAUUUUCAACAAAAAAACGGGGAAACGAACCAGCUGUAAUGUAACUUUUUGGAGCAAAUUUGGAGAAAAACGGGAUAAGACUGCCACUACAACAACACUACCAGAAGAUAACUAAUGCGUAUAAGGAGAAACUACUGACGAUUGUUAUUAUUGCGACAGGUACCUACGGUGGAGAAUGGCUAUGUGUCGAUUAAUAACGGAAUCUAACUCAAUCUAACGAAUCUGCUAUUGUUGUUAGAGGUACAUGUUAAAUCUGUAUAAUUCAUACGCAAAUAUUUUUAUCCAAUUAGUUACUUACCAUCAUAAAAUUGUUUAAUUUAUUUUUAUGACAUUAAACGUUUAAAAACAAAUAGAAAAUAUUUUGA